AAAGCGAGGGCGUUUUCCUCCUCCCUAGUUAGGAGACUUGGCACUAGCAGGUCUCUCAUCUCAGUGCUAGACGGUAACGAAGCAGCAGACGUUCUUCAUGCAGCUGAAGGGGACCAAGAUCCUGCUCCAGCUAGGGCGAGGUUUGUUGGCGUCCGCUCGGCACUGAGCUCGCAGCUGCUUGGAAGGAGGGAGCGCGCCCGGGCGGAGCCUGCUCGCUCAUCCCCCGGGGAGGCGGGGCGGCCGCCCCAGCAUGAGCAGCGCGCAGGCGCGGGGCCAAGGGGCUCGCAGCAGAGGCUGGAGCGGCGGCAGCCCGCGGAGCCAGAGCCUGCAGUUUCGGCGGCUCGAGCAGCAGCAGCAGCCCGCGGGCCGCAGCGAGGCGGAGCAGCAGGCAGACAUGCCGGUGACCGAGAAGGACCUGGCGGAGGACGCGCCCUGGAAGCGCAUCCAGCAGAACACGUUCACCCGCUGGUGCAACGAGCACCUCCGCUGCGUGAACAAGCGCAUCGGCAACCUGCAGAGCGACCUGAGCGACGGGCUGCGGCUCAUCGCGCUGCUGGAGGUGCUGAGCCAGAAGCGCAUGUACCGCAAGUACCACCAGCGCCCCACUUUCCGCCAGAUGCAGCUGGAGAACGUCUCGGUGGCGCUCGAGUUCCUGGAGCGGGAGAGCAUCAAGCUGGUCUCCAUCGAUAGCAAAGCAAUUGUUGAUGGGAACUUAAAACUGAUCCUUGGCCUGGUAUGGACCCUUAUCCUCCAUUAUUCCAUCUCAAUGCCAGUAUGGGAGGAUGAAGGAGAUGACGAUGCCAAGAAACAGACCCCUAAGCAGAGACUGCUGGGAUGGAUUCAGAACAAAAUUCCUUACUUGCCAAUCACAAACUUCAAUCAAAACUGGCAGGAUGGCAAAGCACUGGGUGCCCUGGUUGAUAGCUGUGCUCCAGGUCUCUGCCCUGACUGGGAGACCUGGGAUCCUAAGAAACCAGUUGACAAUGCUCGUGAAGCCAUGCAGCAAGCUGAUGACUGGCUGGGUGUGCCUCAGGUGAUUACUCCGGAAGAAAUUAUUCACCCUAGUGUGGAUGAACACUCGGUAAUGACUUACCUAUCACAGUUUCCCAAAGCCAAGCUUAAACCAGGAGCUCCUCUAAAACCCAAACUGAAUCCAAAGAAGGCAAGAGCCUAUGGCAGAGGAGUUGAGCCUCAUGGAAACAUGGUGAAGCAACCUGCCAUCUUUACAGUAGAUACUAUCAGUGCUGGGCAGGGAGAUGUAAUGGUCUUCAUAGAAGAUCCAGAGGGGAACAGAGAAGAGGCAAAAGUGACACCUGACAAUGACAAGAACAAAACCUACUCUGUGCAGUAUGUGCCAAAAGUUACUGGACCUCACAAGGUUACAGUUUUAUUUGCUGGACAGCAUAUUUCCAAGAGUCCAUUUGAUGUAAAUGUUGACAAAGCCCAGGGUGAUGCUAGCAAAGUAACAGCAAAAGGACCAGGCUUGGAGGCAAUUGGAAACAUUGCCAAUAAACCUACCUACUUUGAAAUUUACACAGCAGGUGCUGGUGUGGGUGAUGUUAAUGUGGAAGUGGAGGAUCCUCAAGGAAAGAAUAUAGUGGAGCUUAUGAUAGAAGACAAAGGGACCCAAGUCUACCGUUGCACCUACAAACCUACUCAAGCUGGUCCUCAUACUGUCAGAGUAACAUUUGCUGGAGAGACUAUUCCAAAAAGUCCUUCCGUUGUUCCUGUUGGAGAAGCAUGCAGUCCAAGUGCUUGUCGUGCAAGUGGUAGAGGCCUACAGCCUAAAGGAGUCCGGAUCCGAGAAACUGCAGACUUCAAGGUUGACACUAAAGCAGCAGGGAGUGGGGAUAUCAAUGUGUCCAUAAAAGGACCAAAGGGCUUGGAUGAGCUUGUGAAACAAAAGGACUCUGUGGAUGGCAUAUACGCAUUUGAAUACUACCCAGUUAGCCCAGGGAAAUACAUUGUCACUAUUUCAUGGGGUGGACACAAUAUCCCCAAGAGCCCCUUCGAAGUUCAAGUAGGUCCUGAAGCAGGUCCUCAGACAGUGAGGGCUUGGGGACCAGGACUUCAUGAAGGGAUUGCUGGUAAAUCUGCUGACUUCAUUGUAGAAUCCAUUGGCACAGAAGUUGGCUCUCUUGGCUUUGCCAUUGAAGGCCCAUCUCAAGCAAAAAUAGAAUGUGAUGAUCAGAAUGAUGGCUCAUGUGAUGUGAAGUAUUGGCCCAAAGAACCUGGUGAAUAUGCUGUUCACAUUAUGUGUGAUGAUGAAGACAUUAAAGAUAGUCCAUACAUGGCUUUCAUCCGACCAGCUUCUGGAGACUUUAACCCAGAUAAGGUAAAGACUUAUGGUCCAGGGUUGGAGAAAACUGGCUGCAUUGUAAACAACCCUGCUGAAUUUAUAGUUGAGACCAAGGAAGCUGGGAAUGCACCUUUGAAGAUAUAUGCACAGGAUGCAGAAGGAAGCCCUAUUGAUAUCCAAGUGAAGAGCAAUCCUGAUGGAAUCUGUGCCUGUUCUUAUAUGCCAGUUAAACCAAUCAAACAUACUAUUGCUGUUGUCUGGGGAGGAGUUAAUGUACCUAAUAGUCCAUAUAGGGUUCUAAUAGGACAAGGCAGUCAUCCACAGAAAGUGAAAGUGGUUGGACCUGGGGUGGAGAGAGCUGGUCUGAAAGCUAAUGAGCCUACUCACUUCACAGUUGACUGCACAGAAGCAGGAGAAGGUGAUGUCAGUGUUGGCAUUAAAUGUGAUGCUCAUGUUAUAAGUGAGGAAGAAGAAGACAUAGCUUUUGACAUCAUACACAACGCUAAUGAUACAUUUACAGUGAAGUAUGCACCACCUGCUGCUGGGCGUUACACUAUCAAAGUGCUUUUUGCAGGAGAGGAAAUUCCUGCCAGCCCUUUCAGAGUUAAAGUGGACCCAUCACAUGAUGCCACCAAGGUGAAAACUGAAGGACCUGGACUAAGCAAAACUGGUAUAGAAAAUGGCAAACCAACACACUUCACUGUGUUCACCAAGGGUGCUGGGAAAGCACCACUGGAUGUGCAGUUCAGUGGACCUGUGCCAGGAGAUGCUGUGAAAGACUUGGAUGUUAUUGACAACUGUGACUAUUCCCACACGGUUAAAUACACUCCAGUACAGCAGGGUCCCAUGAAGGUUUCUGUAACCUAUGGUGGUGAUCCUGUCCCCAAAAGCCCUUUCACUGUGGGGGUUGCUGCUCCAUUGGAUCUCAGCAAAAUUAAAGUCAAUGGACUUGAAAACAGAGUGGAAGUAGGGAAGGAUCAGGAAUUCAUAAUUGACACACAAGGAGCUGGUGGACAGGGUAAACUGGAUGUUAGUAUUUCCAGCCCUACAAGGAAAGCUGUGCCAUGUGUGGUGGAGCCAGCUCUUGGCAAAGAGUGCAGCACUGCAAAGUAUAUCCCAAGAGAAGAAGGACUUUACAUGGUUGAUGUAAGUUACGAUGGCAAUCCAAUUCCAGGAAGUCCUUAUACAGUGGAAGCCACUCUACCUCCAGAUCCUACCAAGGUAAAAGCGCAUGGCCCAGGCCUUCAAGGAGGUCUUGUUGGAAGACCAGCAGAAUUUACAAUAGAUACCAAAGGAGCAGGAACUGGAGGCUUAGGUUUGACAGUAGAGGGCCCAUGUGAAGCUAAAAUCGAAUGCUCGGACAAUGGUGAUGGGACAUGCUCGGUUUCUUACCUGCCUACUAAACCUGGAGAGUACUAUGUAAAUAUUCUGUUUGAAGAGAUUCACAUUCCUGGUUCUCCAUUUAAAGCAGAUAUUGAAAUGCCAUUUGAUGUAUCUAAAGUGAUUGCUACAGGCCCGGGUCUUGAACAUUGUAAAGUGGGUGAAGCAGGAUUGCUCAAUGUUGACUGUUCAGGAGCUGGACCUGGGGAACUGGGUGUAGAAGCUGUAUCAGAUUCUGGCUCUAAAGCUGAAGUCAAAGUUCACAAUAACAAAGAUGGAACUUAUGCAGUUAUGUAUAUGCCACUCGCUGCUGGAAUGUAUACACUUAUGUUGAAAUAUGGAGGAGAGCAAGUGCCAAAAUUUCCUGCCCAUGUCAAAGUAGAUCCAGCUGUGGACACAAGCAAAAUUCAAGUGUUUGGACCAGGAAUAGAAGGGAAAGAUGUCUUCCGUGAAGCUACAACAGAUUUCACUGUAAAUGCCCAGCCCCUAACAAAGACUGGAGGAGACCAUAUCCAAGCACAAAUCACAAAUCCCUCAGGAGCUUCCACAGACUGCUUCAUCAAAGACAAUGCUGAUGGAACAUAUGCAGUAGAGUUUACACCAUUUGAAAAAGGUCCACACACAGUUGAAGUGACUUAUGAUGAUGUACCUGUUCCAAACAGUCCUUUUAAAGUGGAUGUCACUGAAGGCUGCCAUCCAUCACGUGUAAAAGCCCAAGGAGCUGGACUCAAGGAAGCAUUCACCAAUAAACCAAAUGAAUUUACUGUUGUCACAAGAGGGGCAGGAAUUGGUGGACUUGGAAUAACUGUUGAAGGACCUUCUGAAUCAAAGAUAAGCUGUAAAGAUAACAAAGACGGUAGCUGCAGUGCUGAAUAUAUCCCUUAUGCUACAGGAGAUUAUGAUGUCAACAUCACAUAUGGGGGAGAGCACAUACCUGGCAGUCCAUUUAAAGUUCCUGUGAAAGAUGUUGUUGACCCAAGCAAGGUAAAGGUUGCAGGUCCAGGUCUAGGAACAGCAAUUAGAGCCAAAAUCCCACAGUCCUUUACUGUGGACACUAGUAAGGCUGGAAUAGCACCUCUUGAAGUUAUGGUGGCAGGAACCAGAGGAAUGGUGGAGCCUGUUAAUGUAAUCAACAAUGGAGAUGGCACUCACACAGUAACAUACACACCUAUGCAGGAAGGCCCAUGCGCAAUCUCUGUCAAAUAUGGAGAUGAAGAGAUUCCUCGCAGUCCUUUCAAGGUAAAAGUGCUUCCUACUUAUGAUGCCAGUAAAGUGACUGCAAGUGGACCAGGUCUCAGCUCAUAUGGAGUUCCAGCCAGUUUACCUGUGGCGUUUGCUGUUGAUGCUAAAGAUGCAGGAGAGGGGCUUCUGUCUGUACAGAUAACGGACCAAGAAGGCAAACCAAAGAGAGCUGAUGUUCAGGACAACAAGGAUGGCACUUAUGCAGUAACGUAUGUCCCAGACAAGACUGGCCGUUAUAUGAUUGGUGUUAAAUAUGGUGGGGAUGACAUCCCAUCUUCCCCUUACCGAAUCCGUGCAUCGCCAGCAGGGGAUGCAAGCAAGUGUUUGGCCACAGGUCCUGGAAUUGCAUCCACUGUGAAGACUGGUGAGGAAGUUGGCUUUGUAGUAGAUGCUAAAUCUGCAGGGAAAGGUAAAGUGACAUGCACAGUCCUGACACCAGAUGGUACAGAAGCUGAGGCAGAUGUUGUUGAAAAUGAGGAUGGGACUUAUGACAUCUUCUACACUGCUGCUAAACCAGGAACUUAUGUGAUUUAUGUCCGCUUUGGUGGAGUGGAUAUUCCAAACAGCCCCUUCACUGUAAUGGCUACGGAUGCAGACGAAGUUGCAGUAAUGUCGCAGGAGCCAGUAAGCGCAUGUCCCCCUGGAUUCCAUCCCUGGGUCACAGAAGAACCGUAUGUUCCUGUUGGUGACAUGAAUGGUGUGGGAUUUAAGCCCUUUGAUCUAGUUAUUCCUUGGGCUGUAAGAAAGGGAGAAAUAACAGGCGAAGUUCAUAUGCCCUCAGGAAAAACUGCUACACCAGAUAUUGUGGAUAACAAAGAUGGUACAGUAACAGUUGGAUAUUCUCCUACUGAGGUUGGGCUGCAUGAAAUGCACAUAAAAUACAUUGGAAACCAUAUUCCAGAGAGCCCACUACAGUUCUAUGUAAACUAUCCGAACAGUGGAAAUGUGUCUGCCUAUGGACCUGGUCUCAUUUAUGGUAUAGCAAACAAACCAGCAACUUUUACCAUUGUCACAGAAGAUGCUGGAGAGGGUGGACUGGACUUGGCUAUUGAAGGACCUUCAAAAGCAGAAAUUAGCUGCAUUGAUAACAAAGAUGGCACUUGCACAGUCACUUACUUGCCAACCCUACCUGGAGAUUACAGCAUACUGGUGAAGUACAAUGACAAACACAUCCCAGGCAGCCCAUUCACUGCCAAGAUCACAGAUGAUGGCAGAAGAAGAUCCCAAGUUAAGCUUGGUUCUGCUGCUGACUUCUUGCUGGACAUUAACGAGUCUGAUCUUAGCCUCUUAACAGCCAGUAUUAGAGCCCCAUCUGGUCGUGAUGAGCCUUGUCUUCUGAAAAGAUUACCCAAUAACCACAUUGGUAUCUCAUUCAUUCCAAGAGAAGUAGGCGAACACCUUGUCAGCAUUAAGAAAAAUGGAAGUCAUGUGCCAAACAGUCCAGUAUCUAUCAUGGUGGUCCAGUCAGAGAUUGGAGAUGCCAGCAGAGCAAAAGUUUCAGGCCGUGGCUUGAUAGAAGGACGCACAUUUGAGAUGUGUGAUUUCAUUGUAGAUACAAGAGAUGCAGGCUAUGGUGGGAUCUCACUGGCGGUUGAAGGACCUAGCAAGGUAGAUAUUCAAACAGAAGACCUAGAAGAUGGAACCUGUCUAGUAUCAUAUUUUCCAACUGUACCUGGUGUGUACAUAGUGUCCACUAAAUUUGCAGAUGAGCAUGUUCCAGGUAGUCCAUUUACGGUGAAAAUAAGCGGUGAAGGAAGAGUGAAGGAGAGUAUCACACGUGCAAGAGGAGCUCCCUCUGUUGCAACAGUUGGAAGCAUGUGUGACCUUAACUUGAAAAUUCCAGAAAUUGAUAGUGGUGAUAUGACAGCCCAGGUAACUAGCCCCUCUGGAAGAACAGCAGAUGCAGAAAUAAAUGAAGCUGGAAAAAACACAUACUGUGUCCGCUUUGUGCCACAAGAAAUGGGGGUCCAUACUGUGGAUGUCAAAUACAGAGGACAGCAUGUCCCAGGCAGUCCUUUCCAAUUCACUGUGGGGCCACUUGGUGAAGGCGGAGCUAAUAAAGUAAGAGCUGGAGGUCCAGGACUUGAGAGAGCAGAAGCUGGCAUCCCAGCUGAAUUCAGUAUAUGGACAAGAGAAGCUGGAGCUGGAGGGCUUUCUAUUGCAGUAGAAGGCCCAAGUAAAGCAGAAAUAGUCUUUGAAGACCAUAAAGAUGGCUCUUGUGGUGUAUCCUACAUUGCUCAAGAACCUGGUAACUAUGAGGUGUCCAUAAAGUUCAACGAUGAGCAUAUUCCAGAAAGCCCCUACCUAGUUCCUGUCAUCGAACCUUCAGAUGAUGCUCGUAGACUCACUGUUACUAGCCUUCAGGAAUCUGGAUUAAAAGUUAACCAGCCAGCAUCUUUUGCUAUAAGGCUUAAUGGAGCUAAGGGCAAGAUAGAUGCUAAAGUUCAUAGCCCCUCUGGAGCUGUAGAAGAAUGUCAUGUUUCUGAACUGGAGCCUGAUAAGUAUGCUGUUCGUUUCAUCCCACAUGAAAAUGGUAUUCACUCCAUUGAUGUGAAGUUUAAUGGAAGCCAUGUGGUAGGCAGCCCAUUUAAAGUCAGAGUCGGGGAACUAGGGCAGGCAGGCAAUCCAGCGCUUGUUACUGCAUAUGGACCUGGCCUAGAGAGUGGUAUCACAGGAUUGCAAUCGGACUUUCACAUAAACACAACCAAAGCUGGUCCAGGAACGCUCUCUGUUACAAUUGAAGGGCCCUCAAAGGUGAAAAUGGACUGCCAGGAAACUCCUGAGGGUUAUGAUGUCAUGUAUACACCAAUGGCUCCAGGAAACUAUCUUAUUGGAAUUAAAUAUGGUGGACCUACCCAUAUAGUGGGCAGCCCUUUCAAGGCAAAAGUCACAGGCCAGCGACUGGUUAGUCCAGGCAGUGCAAAUGAAACUAGCUCAAUCAUGGUGGAAUCGGUGACACGGUCAUCAACAGAAACUUGCUACAGUGCCAUUCCCAAGUCUACAUCUGAUGCCAGCAGAGUGACCUCCAGAGGUGCAGGACUCUCAAAGGCUUUUGUGGGUCAAAAAAGCAGCUUUACUGUAGACUGCAGCAAAGCAGGUUCAAAUAUGCUGUUAGUUGGUGUCCAUGGACCUACAACACCAUGCGAAGAAGUUUCUGUGAAACACUUGGGAAACCACCAAUACAAUGUAACUUAUGUGGUCAAAGAGAAGGGUGACUAUGUUCUGGCAGUGAAGUGGGGCGAAGCACACAUUCCUGGAAGUCCAUUCCAUGUCACUGUUCCUUAAGUUUUCUACGAUCUAUAAUCUCUGCAUCUGCAAUUCAGUUUUAAAAACUGUUUGCAAUUGUUGUGAAAUACAGUAACUAGAUACAUGCAGCUCACAUUUCAAUACAUCCAAAAGUAAAUUCUAUAACUGUUUUUAGAAGUGUUCCAACUUUUUUACCUGAAUAGAAUACUAUGUAAUGUAAAUCUAUUUAAUAUCCUUUUUAAAAUUGUAACUUUACUGUCAGUGGGUAACUUUCAACAUUAAGAAUCGUGGAUAACUAAGACACUAAUUUCUUUUGUGGAUGUUAGACUUAAGGUAUUAAUUGAAAACUGGAAUUUGUCUUUUGUAAUUGGGUAUCUUAAACUACUGAUUUGAAUUUUUUUUGACUGGAGAUUUUACAUUAAGUUGUGGAAUAUGACUUGGGCUGUCCCCAGUUCAAAUUCUUUUUCUGUAAAGAAGUGAGGUAAAACUGGUACUAAAUACGUGCCUUUGUAUACUUGACCAAUUUUAAUACUUAACAUUAUGAAAAGCUAUUCAAAUGGCACUACCACUCAGCAAGAGAAUAUUUUACAAAAUGCUUUGCUAAUUGUUUACACUUAAGAAAAGAGUGCUUAAUUUUGCUAUAGCAAACCUUAAGCUACCAGGAAGUAACUUUCAGUCUGCUUUCAGUCCUUCUGCAUUUAAUGCCUUGUAAAACUAUAUUAAGCUUUUUUCCAUGACACUUGUAAUGGUGGCUUUAAUUAGCUUGGGCUUCUAGUGAAACUUACUGUAGAUUGCCAGUGUGUGAUCAAUCGUUACUUCCCAAAGUCUUUGCUUCUAAGCACAAACUCCAGUCAGUUGGUUUAAAUCCUUUAAAUCAAGUUAUCCGAGCCAGGUGUGACUCCAUACAGCUCAUAAAAGGAAAAGAUGAAAAGGUUAGCUUCACAUUUGGGGUAGUCACCUGCUCCAAACUUUAACUUUGAAAACUAGCUCUGCACAGUAUCAUGUCUAAAAUGAUCAAUGAAUAAUAGUGCUCUGAAUCCACAAAGUAAUGGUGGUAGGCACAAGCUACUUGAUCACAUCCUAAUCCUUUUAUGAGAACUGCAGUCCAAAGACUUCAGUAAAGCACCAUCUCCUGAAAUCACUUUCAUGCUGCAAACUUUCUAAAAUGCGCAAGGGCUCAUCCAUCCUUAUGAGUAAGGAAUGAACAUUUAGUUCUAACUUUCAUGAUUGUGACAUUUUCCUCCAUAACAAAUACAUUCCAAAUGCUGAACUGAAGCUUACUGCCAACUGCUGUUUGAGCACAAGUUUUGGCUAAAUAGCUUUAACUUUGUAUGAUUAGGAAGGAUUUGUUGGAAAUAUAUUGAUGCUUACCUCCUAUCCCUAGUGAGAGGUUCCCACAUACAGCUAUUCUGUAGGAGUUGUAUGUCAAUGCACUACUUUUUGAGCACAGUUGCUUGGGGAAAUUGACUUUUUUUACUGUGCUUUGUGCCUUAAUGUGAAAUGCUUACUACAUUGUAAACUAGGACGUAAAAACAAAUAAAACUGGAAUAAAAUGCAGGAUUGUAAAAUUGUAUCUUAACUUAUUAAAAGGUUGGCUUCAUUAAAAUAUGCAUGUUAAAAACCA